CGGACAUGUUCAUAGAGUGCUCUGUAGCCUGCUUGCUCCCUAAAACCAUAUCACAUAUUACAUAGACUUGCGCAGGUAGAACCACUGCAAUUUAUUCACAAUUCUGUAUUUAAAUGAUAAAAGACAGGACUGCCAUCAUAAUUAUGAAUGUUGUGGCCACGCGACAACAUAUUUUGUUGCUUUAGCCUAUCAUGAAGUGAUAAUGCUGUAUUUCAGCAAGUAUUUCACCGAGUAACUUUAACCACUUUGCGGAGAGACCCACUCUCUUGUUGUAUUGUUUGGGAAUCCGUUGCUUUUGCCGCAAUGGUCGUUAACCUCCGAACGACCCCGUUUCGAGUACACGCCCCAAAAGUCGACGUAGGCAGUUCUAGUAUAUGACCAGAGGAUGGCGCACGACGACUAUCCAAGAUAUCGGAUACAAGCUCACCAAGCUCAAUGCCCUGACGCGCAUCGCCGCGCGCACCACCAAACAUCCCACCCAUAUUCCCUUUGUGCACGAGUUUACCUCUGGAGGUCAUCAAGCAGGAUUUACGACUGGUCAACAAAAGCACGUGAUUCUCAGCCAUACCCCAUAUUUGGGUGCCUACGUAAGAGAGAAUCAAGUACAUGUUCUACUCAUUUCCAUAAUUCAUCAUAAAUUGUGCAAGGGUGCUAUAGAACGCGCAAAACCAUCAAGAGCCACAAAUCAAGCACACACGUUAUUACUUCGGCUAAAAUAAAAAACAACAUAGGAGUUCUACAACGAACAAAAACUGGAAUUGUCAAUGAGCUCCUAUUUUGGAAACUCAUUCUGCGGUCGCUAUCCCAAUGGCGCGGACUUCCAGUUACAUAAUUAUGGAGACCACAACUCGGCAAACGACCAAUACAGGGACUCAACAACCAUGCAUUCCAGCAGGUACGGCUAUGGUUACAACGGGAUGGACCUCACUGUUGGUCGUGGCGGUACUGGACACUUUGUGGCCAGCGAACGGGAGCCCGAGUACUCCCCGAGCCAUUCGGUUGCAACGACGUCCUCUAUAGAACCAGCCAGGUACACUCAGCCCGCAAGCGCCACCGGGAACGUGUCUCUCUCGCCACCACCUGACCCUCUCCCCUGCUCCUCUUCUGUUGCGAACUCGUCCCCGGUCACCGAAUCACCUCAGCACCGCCCCAUAAAGAACUCCAUAACAAGCUCCUGCUCAACUCCGAGCUCGAACGGCGGCACGCUGGUGAACCGGGUCUGUGUGUCUAAAUCUACCACCAUCCAGGAAGAGAAACCCGCGGGAAGCGCGCAAACAACUUCCCAAAAUGUCACCGAUUCUGCCCAGCCCCAGAUAUACCCCUGGAUGAGAAAACUGCACAUAAGUCACGACAGUUUGUCUGGACCAGAGGGGAAGAGGGCGAGGACAGCCUACACGCGCUACCAGACCCUGGAGCUCGAAAAAGAGUUCCACUUCAAUAGGUAUCUGACCCGCAGGCGGAGGAUCGAGAUAGCGCACGCGCUCUGUCUGUCAGAACGCCAGAUCAAAAUCUGGUUCCAGAAUCGAAGGAUGAAGUGGAAAAAGGACAAUAAACUGAAAAGCAUGAGUAUGGCGGCGGCAGGGGGUGUGGGGUACCGUCCCUGAUAUUCAGUUGCUUGAGACUUUCCAUGGGCUGUCUGUGGACAGUCAACAACCACGUGUCCAAUACGGCCUUUCAAAAACACCUCCUCAUUAUGUUUAUUUUUUACAGUGUUAAUGUUUGUGUGAGUAAAAAAAUACUUGCGUUCUGUACAUUUCUGUGUAGAGUUAGAAAAACAAAAACGAAUGGUAAAUACGUGUUUGUUUAACUUAUUCAUUGUUCAGACGAAAAUAGAUAAUAAGCUUGAAGUCUACGCAAAUGAAUCCGUAAAAUAUGUAUUAAAAGUUGUGUAAUGCACUCAAAACACUAUAAAGUCUACACGAAUAGGUAGUGGGGGUUUGAGUUGCUUUUGUAAAUAGCCUUUGUUUUAAUAUGUAAGUAUGUUAUGUAUUUAUUUUAUUGUAUUGUACCAUACUGUCACCUGACUCCUAUAGCCUAAACUUAACAGGCCUUCUGUGAUUUUGUGUGCGUUGUGAACAAUGUGUGUGGCUAUGCUUUUAUAUCCUUCCUUUGCACGGGCUGCUGUGAAGUUGUUCACUUGGUGGAGCGUCUUGUGCUUUUGUUUUUAAUUAUUAUUUUGUAUCAGUCUGUAGCCUAUAUUUCACUUGGAUAUCUCCGCAGUGAAUCCCGUUGCUUUUAAGUGUACUGCUCCAUAGUGAUAAUGAGCUUUUGUAAAUGUUUUUAAAGAAUGACUGGAAAUUGUAUACAUAUAAGUAUGAAAUGGAUUAUAAAUAAACUUUAUACUCGAACAACA